AUGCUGCCUUUACUAGUAGCAUUCCUGCUACCGGCGCUUGCACUUUGCCGCUAUGAACCGGAACUCAUUGUGGUUACUGUAGCCACCGAGGACACUGAUGGCCUGCGACGCCUUCUUAAAUCAGCGGAAGAAUUCAACAUCAAAGUGCAAGUGCUUGGAAUGGGCGAAGAGUGGAAAGGUGGAGACACUAGAGUAGCACAGGGUGGCGGACAAAAGAUACGACUACUGCGAGAAGGAUUGAAGAAAUACAAAAACCGUGAAGAUGCGAUCAUCUUGUUUGUUGAUGCUUACGAUGUAGUAUUCGCGGCCGGACCACUGACAAUUCUCGAACGUUUCGAGACGCAUUUCCCAGGUAAAAGAAUUUUGUUCGGUGCAGAGAGUUAUUGCUGGCCAGACGAAUCAUUGGCUGUGGACUAUCCACUCGUCGGAUUCGGUAAAAGAUUUCUCAACUCCGGCCUUUUCCUUGGUUAUGCUAAAGACUUUUAUAAGAUGAUCACUCUAAGAGAAGUGAAAGACGAUGAGGAUGAUCAGCUCUACUAUACGAAGAUCUAUCUAGAUGAGGAUUUGAGAGAUGAACUCCAAAUUGGACUUGACUCAGCGUCUCGCAUUUUCCAAAAUCUCAACGGGGUAACCGACGAUGUCGAAAUUCAGUUCGAUGAGGACACUGGAGAAGCACUGAACCAUCUGAAUUAUUUGGCAAAUUAUGUUCCUGGACGAUACUCUGCUAUCACCGGCUGCACAUUCUGCGGAAAGAAGCACAAACUUGAUCUAUCAAGCAAGGAAACAUCUGAAUUUCCGCUAAUUGCCGUAUCCAUCUUUAUUGCUAAACCAAUACCAUUCAUCGAAGAGAUGCUCGAAGCGUUCGCUAAAUUGGACUAUCCGAAGAAAAAGAUAGUGCUGUACAUCUUCAACUCGCAACCUUUCGUCAUCAAAACGGUCAUGAACUUCUUAUCCAAACAUGGUGCCGAAUAUUACUCGAAAAAGAUUGUGAAUGGUGUGACAGAAACUGGUGACCGAGAAGCAAGACAGGAAGCAUUAACAUUCGCUUCACGCUUCGAUAGCGAGUUCCUGUUCAUGCUCGAUGGAGAUGUAAUGUUCACAAAUGAAAGAGCUUUACAAAUCUUGAUAGAAGCGUCAGUGAACUAUGAACUAGGCAUUGUCGCACCACUAGUUGGCCAGCCAAACAAAAUGUUCACCAACUUCUGGGGUGCACUCAAUUCGAAUGGUUAUUAUCGACGCAGCGAGGAUUAUAUGGACAUCGUUCAGCAUAAGCGAUCUGGCAUCUGGAAUGUACCAUUUAUCAACGCUGCUGUCCUUAUCAACAGAGAAAAGAUGAAAGCAUUGAAAACGCCGUUUUAUUACGAGAAAAACCUUGACGCUGAUAUGUCAUUCUGCAAAUGGGCUAGAGAUCAUGGCCACUUUAUGUAUGUUGACAACGAAUAUUACUUCGGUUUCCUUAUUGUCAGCGACGAAUUUGCCGAAACGCUACAGAAAGGAAAGUUGCAUCCAGAAAUGUGGGAACUAUUUGAGAAUCGCGAGAUUUGGGAGUCGCGCUACUUGCACAAGGACUACAGCAAAUUGCUCGAGGAAGACUUUGAAAUUACUCAGGCCUGCCCCGAUGUGUAUCAUUUUCCUUUGGUUACGGAACGAUUCUGUAAGGAAAUGAUCGAAGAGAUGGAGCAUUAUGGAAAAUGGAGCGACGGAAGCAAUAAUGAUCCCCGCUUAGCUGGAGGGUAUGAAAAUGUUCCAACAAGAGAUAUUCACAUGAAUCAGAUCGACUAUGAGAGGCAUUGGCUAUUUUUCCUUGAUGAAUAUGUACGACCGAUACAGGAAAAAGUUUACAUUGGUUAUUAUCAUAGACCAGUGUAUGCCCACAUGCUCUUCGUUGUUCGAUAUCGUCCUGAUGAACAGCCAUCAUUACGAGCCCAUCACGACGCCAGUACAUUCAGUGUUGACAUUGCUCUCAACAAAAGAGGUGUUGAUUAUGAAGGAGGUGGCGUUCAUUAUACACGAUACAACUGCACUGCUCCAGCUGAUCUUGUCGGAUACGCAGCAAUGUUUCCUGGCAGGUUGACGCACCUCCAUGAAGGACUUCCGGUAUCGAGGGGAACGCGAUAUAUUCUUGUCUCCUUUGUGAAUCCAUAAUUGACUUUGCAUACAUUGUUUAAAAUCUCAAAGCUUUAAAAAGUUCUGAUGUAUAAUUAACUUCGAGUCGUCAUUUGCUCCUUCUGAUCGAAUUGAUCGUCUCAUAACAAAAUGUUGAUUUUCAGAUGCGAAUUUUUUGUUGCUUUACAUUCUUGCGAGAAUGGUUGAUCUUGAGUUGUUAUCUUUAUGCGCUUGUAACAUUGUAUUCAAUGGUUGCCGUGGCAUGUGCCUUCACCUUUGAAAU